AUGAAUGCGAGUGGCUUCUUCUUCUUCAAGUUCGACACCAAAGAAGGUAUGCUGAAUGUAUUAGAAGGUGGCCCAUGGUUAAUUAGGAAGAUUCCUUUAUUUCUGAAUAUUUGGACUCCCUCAGUGAGUUUGAAAAAGGAUGGGAUUAAAACGGUGCCUGUGUGGAUCAAAUUACAUAAUGUUCCCCUUGCAGUUUAUACCGAUGAAGGACUGAGUUUACUAGCAUCAAAGCUAGGGGUUCCGAAAAGAUUAGAUGCUUACAAGGCCGAUAUGUGUGCUGAAAAUUGGGGUAGAACGAGUUUUGCUCGGGCUAUGAUUGAGGUAUCGGCAGAUAAUGAAUUGAAAGAAUACAUUGUUCUUGCUAUCCCUAAGUUGGAUGAAGAAGGUUAUCUGAUGGAAAAAGUUAAGGUUGAAUAUGAAUGGAAACCACUAAGGUGUGCGGCUUGUUGUCUGUUUGGUCAUUCGGAUGCUACUUGUCCUACAUCUGCAACUUUAAAACCUAAACAAGUUACAACCGAUGAUGAGGGGUUCGUAACCGAUAAAAGGAAAGUAGCAAAGUAUGGAUUUCCUCAAAAGAAGCAAAAGCCUAAAUUUGUCUAUAGACAAAAGAAUAGCCAUGCGGGUACUGGGCCAUCCGGAACAAAGAGUGUUGAAGGUGAACGUCAUACAGCUAAGGUAAGUUAUGGAGUUAACAAUAGUAACUUGAAUUUAAAGAACUCUUUCUCGGUUCUGGAUCAAAUGGCUGAUAGGGAUCCAAGUACGAGUAAUAGCAAGGAGGAUAGAGCAUUGGUUGACGACUUUGUAAAGCAAAACAGAACUGAGAUUUCAGAGUUCAUGUGUGCUGGUACUAAUGACAAAAAGUCUGAGGGGGCAAGCACUCCCGGUCAAGCUGGUGUCCAUGGGUAG